GAAACCUAAUAAAAUGGAUAGCAAUUGUAAGUACUUGCACAUUAAAAAUUAUAUUUACAAUGUUAAAAUAUAUUUUCAAUGUUUAAAAUAUUAUUAAGUUAUAUUUUUAUAAUCUUUACAUUGAAAUAACUGGAUAAAUGCAUCUAUUUAAUUUAUAAUUCAUAAAAAACAAAACAAAAAAACAUGCUUGAUUGUAAAAUUUAGGCUAAAUGUGAUGGAUUACAAAAAAAAAAAAAAUCUAUAAUGUUAAUUGUGUUUAUAGUUAACAGUAAAGGUUGAAAACAGCUGAGGAAUCAGCACCAAGCAGCAAAGGGCUUUCCCUGUUCCUGGAGAUCCUUGUGGUGCCACCUGUUAAGUUAAAGGGCUACUGGCUGAUUAUGCGCGAGGAAAAAUAAUCAUUUCUUUGACAUUUGUGGAGAAGUAGGCGUGCGCUUUUGGCACCAUGGAGGACAUCUUCAAGGAUCAAGACUUUUGGUCCUUCAAUGAGUCAUCUAGAAACUCCAGCGUCACCAAUGAAACUUACGGCGUGAACCAGACGGUGAACCCCCUGAAGCGGAACGAAGAGGUGGCAAAAGUGGAAGUUACUGUAUUGGCCUUGGUGCUCUUCCUAGCACUCGCUGGUAACCUUUGCGUCCUUAUUGCAAUCCACACAGCCAAGCACAGUCAAUCUCGCAUGUAUUACUUCAUGAAGCACCUCAGCAUUGCAGACUUGGUCGUGGCUGUCUUCCAGGUUCUUCCUCAACUCAUCUGGGACAUCACAUUUCGCUUUUAUGGACCAGACAUCCUGUGCAGGUUGGUGAAAUAUCUUCAGACCGUUGGGAUGUUCGCCUCCACGUACAUGCUGGUGCUGAUGUCCAUAGACAGAUGUAUGGCAAUCUGUCAGCCACUCCGUUCUUUACACAAGCGAAAGGACCGUUGUUACGUGAUUUGUUCUUGGGCGCUAAGCUUACUUUUCAGCAUCCCACAGGUUUAUAUAUUCUCCUUACGGGAGGUGGGUUCAGGAGUAUAUGAUUGCUGGGGAGAUUUCGUGCAGCCCUGGGGAGCGAAAGCCUACAUUACAUGGAUUAGUCUGACAAUAUACAUCAUACCAGUGACCAUUCUGAGUGUCUGCUACGGCCUUAUAAGCUUUAAAAUAUGGCAAAACUUUAAAAGGAAGACGAAGAAGGACCCGUGUAUCACUCUCACAACCAAAACAUCGAAAAGCAGCGCGCUCACGCGGGUCAGCAGCGUCAAGCUCAUUUCCAAGGCCAAAAUCACCACUGUUAAAAUGACAUUUGUUAUCGUACUGGCUUAUAUAGUGUGCUGGACUCCGUUUUUCUCCGUACAGAUGUGGUCAGCAUGGGAUCCUGAAGCACCAAGGGAAGCAAUGCCCUUUAUCAUCUCCAUGUUGCUGGCCAGUCUGAACAGCUGCUGUAACCCCUGGAUCUACAUGUUUUUUGCUGGGCAUCUCUUCCAUGACCUUAAGCAGAACCUGCUGUGCUGUUCCACGCUCUAUCUGAAGUCUUCUCAAUGCCGCUAUGAUCCGGAGCAAGAUUCCCGUAAGAGCAACUCCUCCACCUACGUCAUCAAAAGUACCAGCAGCCAGCGGAGUAUCACCCAGACCUCCGUCACAUAAACCAGAUGUACCUCCAAACCAUUUUUUUUUCCACAAUUUGAAAGCCAGAUGAAGGACAGGAAAGCUAAAAUGUAAACCCACACAAGACUGCAAUGCAAGCUAAAUGUCACAAUCAGUUUGCUUCAGCUGUGUUUUCGUUUGGGAAUUAUUCAGAAUUUCAUUUUAAUUACGCCUCUUCUUUUCACCCGUUUUCUUAUCUCUAAGGACCUUGAGCAGCAGUCAUCUGUUCCUUACCUUCAUGUAUUGUGUUUCUAGACAUUACAGAAGGAACGUUGUUCAAUUCUGACCAUGUUUAUGGUGUACUGACACUAGUCACAGGUCUUCAUCGUUUAAAUUGCUAUAUGAUUGUGCACACACAUUCCGCUUGGCAUAAACGUGUCUUGGUGCUGGGCACCAAAAUUUGCAGCGCUUCAUGAAUCUCAUGAAGUACAAAACAUAACAGUUGUUAUGUACCAAAAAAACCUUCGUUCACUGACAUAGAUCUAUUUAGGAGAAGCAAAGUUUGCAUAUGGCCUGAACAGCCAGAUGGAUUUACACUUGGCUGAUUCUCA